AUGAAGGGACGCCCGGUCGACCAAAUCGUCUACGAGUACAUGUUUCCCAAGCCCCGGCCCACCGACCCUCAGCAUUUCCACGCACUCCUCCACCGACACCUCAUCCUCGAAGUCCGCCAGGAAGUGCACUCUUUCUACGGACAUCUCGACACUCAAGAAGCAAAGUAUCCAGGCCUCGACUACUGCCAUCGCAUCCAUCGAAUACGACUUGGACGAUGGCCUUGGCACCGACGCUUGUUUCGGGCAUUUGAUGCCCUACGCCUGACGAACGCCGAGAUCGCAGGUCUUACCAAAUGGGAGGGUACCAAAUGGGCCAAGGAGCGCUACGAAAGAGAUUCGGGAGAGACCAUCGUAGACACUGCAGACGCGGGCUUUCCCGACUGGAUCGAGCCGGAGGACAGAUCGGCUGCUCUACGUGCGACGUUGCGCGGGGAGACUGAUGAUUUGGAGGACGACGCGUGCGAGGGUCAGGAUGAGGAUAUGGAAGGCGAGGAGAGCGAGGGGGAGUUGGAGAGCAUUGGUGUAGCGCUGAAUGAGCGUCUGCGUGAACGAGCCGCGCGCCACGAGGCCGGCGAUACAUCAGAGCCUCUGGACGAGGAAUGGGAACAGUGGCUCAAGAACGCAAUCGACUCUGGCGAACUUCCCUUCCUUUCCGAACAAAUCCUCCAACAGUCCAACGACCUGAUGUUGAUUCCCCAAGCGCUUUUCCCCCCGAGGAUGUUAAGCGCUGCUCGAUCUGGCGACUGGCAAGACAUCCCCGAGUUCCUGCAUGAUAUGCUUCGACGCACUCUCGAGACAGAAGCAGCAACCGCAAACAACGCUUCAUCUACGUCGGGAGCCUCACCUAGUCGACAUGCCUAUUCGCCCUGGCGGCGGACGUAUUCGGAUCUUCGCCUCCCAGUAGGCGACCGCGGAACC